AUGCGAGAUGCGAUAAAAAAUACGCAAGUGUUUGUUCGCUGGCAGCCAGGCACUUGUCUGCCCAGCCAAGGCAUCCGAGUACCCGAGCAGGAGGACAUCUUCUACUUCACCUUCCACAUGGAUCUUGUCAAGUCGACAGUGGUGAAGGAGCUAAUUCAGCAAAUCGACUGUCUAAUUUGUCGUAAGUCAAGAGUUGAAAAGUGGAAGAGCUGCAACCCCUCGAUAGCACAGAUUGAUCAGUGCCUUAACGAGGUGACUGAUCAGUUGAACGACCUGCUUGCGAGUACAGCGGAUAGGCAGAUCGGAUUCUUUACACUUCGCACAGAUGUUCUUGUUCAAGGGAUUCAAAUGCACGCUAAGAAAUGGGUUGUCACCUAUGGCGACCUCCUGCACGAACGUGUCCAAACCGUCAGUCGGCAGCUUCGCGAUAGCAUCCAAACUCUUCUGUCUCGACUUCAAAUCAAACCCUCUGAGAGAAGUCGUCUAAAAUCCCUAGUGUUGACCAUUCGAGACAUCAACGACGUUCGAGCAGAGAAUGAGGAACGACUUGCAUGUAUCGCACAAUGUCAUCAUAUACUCCGGCAGCAUAAAUUGGAAGUUACUGUUAGUGAAAGCGAAGACUUCGAAUGUUUGCGUCAGGCCUGGCUGGGUCUGCUAAAACAGACACGGUUUACAGAGAGAAGCCUCAGUAGGCCACGCAAACUGUUUCGGUACAAAACCAAGGCGGAGGCAAACCAAUUUUUUAAGCAGAUCGAGAAAUUUGUGCAGAAAUUCAAAACCUCAGGGCCGGCAGCAGUCGGAGAAAGGCUUGAUCGAGGAUUGGGACUAAUGAAGGAAUACGGUGAGGAGCUUGCGAGUUUAACUGCAACUUACAACGAGCUUCUGUCAGCAGAAAGAUUGUUUGACCUCCCAGUCACAUAUUCUGAGGGAUUGGUUGAUGUCCAGCGACAAAUGGACUGUUUGGAGAAGAUAUACGCCAUUUACGCUGAUCUAAAAAGUUUGCAAGAAGAAUGGUCGAAGGUUUUGUGGCGUGAUGCGCAUCUUUCGGUUCUGGAAGACGAGGCAAAACGUCUGCUACAAACAUUUCAAAAACUGUCAAAGCAGAUAUGCGAGAUGGACAUCAGCAGGGCCCUCAAAACACAACUGUCUGGAUUUCGAGAUUCUGUGGCCCUGCUAAAGGACCUCAAGCAUGAGGCGUUGCGGCUAAGGCACUGGUUCAUGUUAGCGGAGAAGACCAAGCAUGAGCUUGCUUUGAAUCCGGAGAAUUUCACCCUUGGAAAUGUUUUUGAUGUGCGUCUCGAUCAGUUUUGCAACGAAAUUAACGAGGUUUUAGGCAUUGCACUCAAAGAAUUUUCCAUCGAAAAGGAAUUCUCAACCCUCAAAGACACUUGGGAUGGUCUUCAACUGUCAGUGAAAGAUUACGCCCCAGAAGGAACUAAAAGAGGUCUCAUAAUUAACACCUUGGAGGAAGCAAUCCAGACUCUCGAAACCAGUAGUCUCAACCUGCAGUCAAUAAGUGGCAGCAAAUUCGCCGAACCUUUCAUGGAAGGGAUUCGAAGCUUGGAGAAAGAUCUAACACAAGCAAGCGAGGCGUUGGAAAUUUGGGACCAAGUUCAAAGCAAAUGGCUUCAUUUGGAGGGUCUGUUCUCAGGUGGCGACAUACGUACACGCAUUCCCAAAGAGGCGGAGAAGUUUGACAAACUCAAUUUGUUUUUCAAAAAGAUGUUCGACAACGUAAUGUGCUUGGAAAUUGACAAAACCGAUCAGCGUGUUCCACUGACAGUUGGAAUGAGAUCCACUGAGGGCGAAAUAAUAAAAUUUAAGCAACCUGUAAGAGGCACUGACCCAGUUGAAGAGCGGAUGAUGAAGAUAGAGGUGGAGAUGAAACGGAGCAAUCGACUGAUAACGAAGGAGGCUAUUUACCGGUACCGUGAAACAGCAACGAGAGGUGAAUGGGCACUGCAUUUCCAAGGCAUGGUGGUAUUAGCAGCCAAUCAGGUGUGGUGGACAUGGGAAGUGGAGGACGCCUUCCAACGCCUCGGCACCAAAAGCGACAAGACGGCCAUGAAGGCCCUUGCCGGGCAACAGCGAACCCAAAUGGAAGAGAUAGUCAGAAUUAUUCGCGGAAACUUAUCUCCUAAUGACCGCAUCAAGCUCACCGCUCUCCUUAUCAUCGAUGUGCAUUCGAGGGAUGUUGUUGACGGUUUCGUCAGAGACGGUAUUAUCGAAGCAAAAGCAUUUGAGUGGCAAUCGCAACUUCGCUUCUACUGGUGCCGAAUCAACGAUCAUUUAAGCAUUCGCCAGUGCAACGGUGCCUUCAACUACGGUUACGAGUACAUGGGUCUUAACGGUCGUCUGGUGAUUACUCCACUGACAGACCGCAUUUACCUCACCCUCACUCAGGCUCUCUGCAUGCAUUUAGGCGCAUGUGUUGCCGGCCCUUCAGGCACCGGUAAGACUGAAACUGUGAAGGAUCUGGCAAAGGCUCUAGCUGUCUUCUGCCUUGAGACCAAUUGCAGUAAUGCCAUGGAUUUUCGAUCAGUGAGCCGAAUCUUUUCUGGUCUCUGUCAGACCGGGGCUUGGGGUUGUUUCGACAACUUCAAUCGCAUCGACGUCAGUGUGCUCGCGGUCAUCUCCACUUAUCUGCGGCUUAUUCAGGCAGCUCACCUUCAAGCCGCACGUAAAUUUGUUCUUGAAAGCGAGGAAAUCGCACUUAAUCGUCAGGUCGGUGUCUUUAUCACCAUGAAUCCGAGCUCUGUGGGUCGCACAGAACUGCCGGAAUCACUAAAGGUGCAAUUCCGACAGAUUAGGCUAGCUGUUCCCGACCGAAAGAUAAUUUGCGAAGUAAUGCUCUUCGCACAGGGUUUUUCAAGCGCUCGUGUGCUGGCAGCGAAGACCAAUACUCUGUACCUUCUGGCAGACAAGCAAUUGUCGCGACAGCUUCACUACGAUUUUAGUAUGCGUGCGCUGAAAGUCGUACUGCAAUUGGCCGGGGAUAUAAGAAGAAGAGAAAUGAAUUCAGACGAAGUAUCGGUGAUGAUUCAAGCUCUUCGAGAGGUGAACUUACCAAGGCUAAUUCGUGAGGAUGUACAUCUCUUUCUUGACCUCAUUGGUGACCUAUUUCCAGGGUUACCAUGUCCAAAAUCGGAGGAUCAAGAGCUUAUGGAGGCCAUCAAGGAUUGGUUAACUAGCGAGCGAUUCGCCUUAUUAACGAACCAAGUGGAGAAAGUGAUGCAACUGCACAAUACAAUGCAAACUCGACAGGCCUCAAUGGUAGUGGGCCCAACUUGUGGGGGUAAAAGUGUGAUAAUUAAGGCACUUUUUGGUGCCAAAAAGAAAAUCGGUGUAGCAACGAGCCUGAUAACUCUGAACCCAAAGGACAGGAACGUAGAAGAGCUUUAUGGUGCAUUCGAUUCGAAUACGCAGGAUUGGAGAGAUGGUCUGCUUACAAGAAUAUUUCGUGAUGCCAACAAACAGUCAAACAAGGAAAAUUUUGUCAUCCUCUUCGACGGUGAUGUUGACUCUCUUUGGGUGGAGAACAUGAACUCCGUGAUGGAUGACAACCGAGUUCUUACCCUUCCAAACUCUGAACGUAUUCGCCUUCAACCCACAUGUUUCCUUCUUUUCGAAGUUGGCGAUUUGGAAUGCGCAUCUCCAGCCAUUGUAUCUCGUUGCGGUAUGGUUUUUGUUGACCCGCAUGAUCUCGAUUACUCAGCUUUAUGGCAACGCUGGAAAUUGAGCAAUAAGGAAAUGGAUACCUUUUACAUCCAGAUUUUGGACAAUCUCUUCGCAAAAUACAUUCCUCGUAUCAUGGCAUUGAACCUCAACACUGUAAUUCCUCUUACCUCCAUUAGUCUUAUCAAUCAACUGUGCCAUCUGCUUGGAAGUCUACUAAUCGGUGUAGCGGAAGCCUCUGCAGACUGUCUAGAAGCUCUCCUUCUACACGCACUAACGUUCUCGAUCGGCUCAUGUCUCCUGAACGAUGCUGAUAGAGCAGCUUUCGAUGAAAAGGUGAAAGAGAUAGCUGCUCUUCCAAAAAUGGAACAAGAAGAGGUUGGAGGCAGUGUUCCCGCAGGCUUCCUCCCUAGCACGCUUCCACGGCUAAGUGACUACUUUUUUGAUCCACGAAACAAUGCCUGGGUUCCGUGGAGUUCAAUAGUGCCGCACUAUCAGCACGAACCCGAGCAGAACUUUCCUGAUAUCGUUGUACCAACACGUGAAACUGUGGUGAUGCAGUGGAUUCUGGAGAGACACGUGACAAUAGAUAGACCAAUUCUGUUAAUCGGCGAAACGGGAACCUCUAAAACAGCCUCAGUAAAUCAGUUCUUGGCUCAACGUAAUAGUACCACCAAUCAAAUCCUCCGAGUCACAUUCUCCUCCCGCACCACCGCCCUUGAUUUGUACAACAGCCUUGAUGCCAAUCUGGAGAAACGCAGCAAAGCCCUCUAUGGCCCUAGAACGGGUAAACGUCUGCUGCUCUUCAUUGACGAUCUGCACAUGCCUAAUGCCAAUCCAUAUGGUGCCCAACAACCUCUUGCCUUCCUCAAGCUCCUCCUCACCAACCACGGCCUCUUCAGUCGUUCUAGCAGCGAUCUCAAGUGGCGUCAAGUCUUCGAUACUUCCUAUCUAGCUGCUAUGACAACGCCAUGUGCGGGUCGAGGUCGUGUUGAUCCUCGCUGUUUAUCCCUCUUCUCGCUCUUUUAUGCUGCUACCCCUAGCGAUGCAACCUUAAGGAAAAUAUUCUCAUCUAUCGUCUUAGGACAUUUACAGGCCGACUUCGUCGAGGCGAUUGUUGAAGCAGUACCAGCAAUCACGCAAGCAACUCUUAAUGUUUACUCGUUCCUCUUGCAGAAGCUACAUCCUUCACCUGUCAAAUUUCAUUAUGGUUUUAAUAUUCGUGACCUUCGUCGCAUAUGUGCUGGCCUGUGUCGUGCUGCUCCCAGUAGGCACACCACCCUUCCGCAAGUGGCUCGUUUGUGGAGACACGAGCUUUUUAGAGUUUUUGUUGAUCGCUUGUCAACGAUAGAAGACAUCCUCCUUGCUAAGGACAAAAUUAAUACCGAAGCUGAAAACUUGGAUCCAGCAUCCAAAGAGGACAUUUUACAAGAUCCUAUACUUUUUGGUGAAUACAAAAGUGUUCUGGAGGAAGGAAGUAUACCGUACUAUGAAGAUAUCGGCGAUUAUAGCAGCAUUAAGGAAGUCUUUUCCCACUUACAAGAUCGGCAGUCUGGACACACAAAACUAGUCCUAUUCAACGACGCUCUGGAGCAUUUGAGUCGCCUCCAUAGAAUUAUGUGCACAAUUAAUGGGCACGCCUUGUGCGUAGGUGCCAGUGGGAUUGGCAAAUCUGCUCUUGUUAAAUUGGCUGCCUUUGCAGCCAAGUGUGACGUCUUCCGGCUAAGCUUGAGCCAAAAUUACAAAGAACAGGACUUUCGAGAGGAAAUCAAAACUCUCUACUUGCAAUUGGUGCAGAAGAAUAAAAAGAUGGUUUUUUUGGUUCAUGAAGACGAUAUAAUUGAUGAAGGUUUUUUGGAAGUGAUCAAUCACAUGCUAGUUGGCAUGGAUGCAAGUUCACUCUACCUUGAAGAGGAACGGGAAAUUAUUGUCAAUGAUAUGCAGCAGGAAGUAAUGGAUGCAGGGUUCGAGGCCUCAAGAGAAGUCAUUUGGAAGUACUAUUCACAGAAAGCCAUGCGGAACCUUCAUGUUAUUUUAGUCAUGAGAUCUAUUGGAAACACUUUAAGAAAGCGUUGUUCGAGUUUUCCUUGUCUUAUAAACAACACUACGAUUGACUGGUUUUUCGACUGGCCAGAAGAGGCCCUCUACACGGUGGCAAAAACAAUGCUUUCCACAGGCAACCAGCUCAUUCCUGCAUCUUGCUACGAUGCACUUAUCGGCCAUGUUGUCUAUGUGCAUCGGUCGGUGGAGCGGUAUACAAAUGAGUUCGUGGGGAAGUGGAAGAGGGUUAAUUACGUCACACCCAAACAAUUUCUUGACUACAUUAGCAACUAUCUAAAGUUGCUCUCUGAAUGUGACCAGUCUAAAGCGGCCCUUUGUGAGCGCUUCGUCAAGGGUGUUGCAAAGCUGGAAGAUGCGGGCAUUCAGGCCAAAGAACUCGGUGAAAAGCUUACGAUUCAGAAAGAAGUUAUAGUGCACAAUAAGGAGGCGUGCGAAGCUCUCUUAAAAGAUAUCACACAAAAUCAAAUUCUCGCCAGUGAUAAACGGGCACAGUCGAAGCAAAAGGCCGAAGAGAUGGAGACUCUAUCUAAGACGAUUGAAAAAGAAAAGGCAGCAGUAGAAAGUAUCCUAACCGAGGCAUUGCCAGCACUUGAACAGGCUCGGGCUGAACUAGGUGAGCUAGACAAAAGCGAUGUGACGGAGAUGCGCUCCUUUGUCAAGCCGCCGCGACCUGUUCAGGUGGUAUCGGAGUGUAUAUGCGUACUCAAGGGAUCAAGUGAGGUCUCAUGGAAAGUGGCUAAGGCUAUGAUGGCUGACGUUAACUUUUUGCAGUCUCUUCAAACCAUAGACGUUGAUGCAAUCGGAUCAAAGCAGUUAGCCUCCGUCAAAGAGCGCCUGGAUACCUCGAAAGUCAAUAUGCAGCAAAUGCAAUUGGUGAGCCGGGCUGGAGCUGGCUUUCUGAAAUUCAUUCUUGCCGCCCUCGGCUACUGCGAGGUCCUCAAGGAUGUUCGCCCAAAACGUGAAAAAAUUGCAAAACUGGAGAAAUUACUCACCCAAAACGAGCAUGAUUUAGAAGGGGUAAAAAGUGAACUGGCUAAGGUGGAAGAGGAAAUCAAAAAAAAGAACCAAGAAUACUCCGCAGCCGAGACAGAAAGUCUAGCUUUGCAGGAAGAGACUGCAACCAUGGAACAACGUCUGGCUACUGCUAACGCGUUAAUCAAUGGUCUUAGCUGCGAGAGCGUUCGGUGGAGGGAGCGAAGUGAGGCUCUAAUUGAGGAGCGUCGGCAUCUUGUGGGAGACUGUCUCAUCUCAGCCGCAUUCCUGACGUAUACUGGAGCCUUUGUUCACAAUCUUCGAUGUCGCAUGAUCAACGAUGAUUGGGUCCCAGACCUUCAGAAUCGUCAAGUAUCCCUCACCAAACCAUUCAAGUUAAAUCAUCUCCUUGCGGACAAGGUGACUGUGACAAGCUGGAAAGAUGCUGGUCUGCCGGGUGAUGAGUUAAGCAUCCAAAAUGGAAUUCUCACUAUGCGAGCCUCUAGGUUUCCUCUUCUCAUUGAUCCACAACAAAAGGUAUUAAAGUGGAUAAAGUGUCUGGAGGAGGAAAAUAAUCUGAGAGUAACCACCUUCAAUGACCCAGAUUUUUUUAAAUUCUUGGAACUGUCGAUCAAAUUUGGGACUCCAUUACUGUUGGAAGACGUUGGUAGUUACAUUGAUCCCGUUAUUUACAAUGUACUAGCAAAAAAUAUUCAGGAAGAUAAGGAUCAACACUUUGUGAUGUUGGGGAAUAAGAAAGUGGAAUAUGACUACAAUUUCCGCCUUUAUCUCAACACAAAACUCUCGAACCCAGCAUAUGGGCCCAAGAUAUUUGAAAACGCGGUUGUUAUCAACUGCUGCAUAACAGAGGAAGCGCUGGAAAAUCAACUGCUCAGAGUUAUAGUAAAGCAUGAGCAAAGUAGUUUGGAGGAGAAGAAGGCAAUGUUGAUGCAUACUAAGAGUGAGUGCAGACGACUUCAGAAAGAACUGGAAGAAAGUCUACUAAUAAAUUUAACCCUCAGCACUGGCAAUCUGUUGGACAAUGAGGAACUAAUCAAAACAGUAGAAGUAACCAAGGCAAAGGUGACAGAAGCAAAGGGGAAGCUAGUCCUCGCUGCCAAGGCAGCAACAGAGAUGGAGCAGCUGAGCAACGCCUACCGACCUGCGGCCAAGCGUGGUGCUCUGCUAUUCUUUGUUCUUACUGACAUGGUCACUAUCAAUCCCAUGUAUCAGUUCGCGUUAUCCGCCUACAUCGCACUUUUCGAAGACGCUUUACGCAGGAGCAUGCCAGAUACAGCCUUGGGGAAACGACUAGACAACAUAAUGACCUUACUGACCGAUGUUGUCUACAGCUACGGAUGCACCAGCUUCUUCGAACGUCAUAAGCUGCUAUUCAGUUUCCAGAUCAGCUUAAAGUUGCAACUGGAGGCAGGGUACGUAAGCCAAGCCGAAGUUGAUUUUUUCAUCAAAGGCGAUGCUUCAAUUGGAAUGGAGACCGGGACCUGCCCAAUUCCAUGGCUCACAGAUGCGCAAUGGAGGGCGGUUCGGUGUCUGGAAGAAAUCCUUCCCUCCACCUUUAGCGGACUAAGUAAAAGUCUUACAAACAAUCAAAAACAAUGGAAACAGUGGUUUUCUCUCACUUCGUUGGAAUGUAAACCACCUCCGAAUUUUGAAAAUAUUUCUGAGUUUCAAAAGCUCUGCCUGCUUCGAUGCUUCCGUGUAGAUCGGGUGUGCAGAGCCGUAGAAAUUUUCGUCGCAAACAUCCUCGGAGAAAAUUUUAUGGCCUCGCACAAGCCAAGCCUGUCUUACGUUUACGAACAGAGUCAACCAGAAACGCCUGUUUUAUUCAUUCUCGGCCCCGGAUCCGAAGCGACAGAUAGUUUAAAAAAAUUUGCCGAAAAUUCCCUUAAUUUGGAUGUCUCUAAGAGCUUAGUAAUCCUCUCCAUGGGCCAAGGUCAGGAAAGCUCCGCGAUGAAACUUUUCAAAACUGCUUCCUCUGAGGGUUCCUGGUUAGUGCUGCAAAAUUGCCACCUGGUGGUGAAGUGGAUCCCAACCCUAGAGAAGACAAUUGAAACCACAAAACAGUUCCAUCCAAAGUUUCGACUUUGGCUCACUACCGAAUUUUCAUCAGAUUUUCCGAUUGGGUUCCUUCACCGGUCACUCAAGUUUGUGAUUGAGCCACUAGUUGGACUCAAGAGAAAUUUACUUUCUACAUUCCUGGAAAUUCCUGCCUCCAAAUUUGUUGAAUGCUCACGGCCAGAAUUCCCACUUUUGGCAUACACACUCACCUUCUUCCACACAGUUGUUCAAGAACGUCGGCAGUAUGGAAAGCUGGGUUGGAACAUUGCCUAUGACUUUAACCUGUCGGAUUUCCAGGCAAGUCUUGCAGUAAUCACAGAUCACUUGGAGUCGUCUAGAGGCGAAUCCGGUUUAUCCUGGACCAGUCUACGAUAUCUCAUUGAGGAAAUCAUAUAUGGCGGUCGAGUUGUGGACAAAUUUGAUCAACGUGUACUUCACACCUACAUGAUUGAAUACUUUGGUGACUUCCUCUUUGACACCAUUCAACGUUUCCACUUUUUCAGCAGUGAAGAGGUAACUUAUACUCUCCCUCCUGAGACCUCGCAAGAAGGUAUUCUAAGGUACAUCGAAACACUGCCAGCAAACAACUCAUCGGAGGUAUUGGGUUUGAGUGCCAAUGUGGAAAUCGACAUCCUCACAAGCAAAGCUCAAAAUCUCUAUUCGUAUCUGCGCACACUGAGUCGUGAGGAUGAAAUGACUAGCAGUACCGCUACUAUAGCAACGACUCAAAUGACCUUUAUCAUGGAGAUCACAGAGAGAGUGCUUCAAUCUCUACCCCCCACCUUCGACAGAGAGGCUAUUAGAGCGACCUUUAAGGAGAAGAUGGGUCCAACUGCUGUUGUGCUUUUACAGGAACUGGAACUCUUCAAUCGUCUAAUCCUUCAAAUGCGCUCCACAUUGACCAACUUAAAGCGGGCACUGUCUGGUGCGGUGGAUCUUUCUAGUGAAUUGGAGCAAAUGGCGGUUUCUCUCCUCAGCGGUCAGUUGCCUGACCUUUGGCGAAAUCAUGCUCCUGACACGAAGAAGUCCCUGGCCGAUUGGCUAACGCAUUUCCAUCGGAGAACGGAGCAAUACAAGGCGUGGGCUGCCUCAGGUGAACCCAUCGUCAUCUGGCUAUCGGGGCUCCACGUGCCAGAAUCUUUCCUCUUUGCGGUCGUCCAGUCAGCCUGCCGUCGCAACGCAUGGCCUCUUGAUAAGAGCAUCACUGUUACCACGGUUACAGACUACACCAAUGAGGAGGCAGUGGAAGACAGGAACCUGGCAGGCUGUUUAUUAAAUGGCCUCUUUCUUGAGGGAGCCAGUUGGAACCCCCGAGUUGGGUGUCUGUGUCUACAGGCUUCACGACAACGUAUUCAACCACUACCGUUCCUGAAAGUGAGUGUGAUGGAGAGUCGACGCGCAAAAAAACACGCCACUCUCCUGACACCCGUCUACGUCACUUCAGCAAGGGCUGAUGCAGAUGGAAGGGGCCUUGUGUUUGAGGCCGAUUUGCCCAUGGAUCAGGAGUUUGGUGCUAACCGUUGGAUUCUUCAGGGUGUUUGUCUCCUCCUGAAUGAUGAUUGA